AUGAUGGCGAGCAACCUCAUGCGCAGAAUGCUUCAAAUCUCGCUCUUUGCUUUGUUUGCGUCCUUAUGCCUCGCAACUCACAAGGUGCCAAGUCCCAGAAACAUAACCGACAUUGAAAAUGCAUAUCAAGGCAUCUACUGGAAGACCGCUCUCACGGAAUGUGGUGGUAAACGCUUUGAUAUAUUGGUUGAGUCUACUCGGAUGAUGCUAGAGUUGACCAAGCGAACUACCAAGCCCAUGGACACCCCAGGAUGGCAGCGUUUCUUCGUCGCAGAUCCCGCGGGAGCGGAGGGGUGGGCUUCCGAGAAGCAUCGGGCUGACUACCUCCAAGUUCAUAACGUCAUGACUCAAGUCAAUAUGUUCCCUCGCCUAGGCAAGGUCGGCAAAGAUAAUAAGAAGCGGGACAAUCAGGUUACCUAUCGCUGCCCGUCUGGGUUCGAUUCUCGUUGCUAUACCGAACCGGGACUGGUAACGUUCAAUGCAAAAAAUAAGCACAGAUGGGAAAUACACUUCUGUAAUGACUUCUUUCGCCAGAAGUACCUGAAUGAUAUAACAAAUGGCGAGAAGAGGUCUGCUAAAAGCUUACCUGACCUGGUUAGCUACGAGCACACGCUGGCCCAUGAAUGGACUCACAUAGAUCUUCUUGGGUCAUCGUUCCAUGUCAUGGACAUAAGAGCAACGAAUCCUAACAAUAAGAUCAAGGAAAGAAAUGUCUACGGUGCCGAGUGGUCAACCGUUCUUGCAUGGUACCGGGGGAGUCUCCCGAGCGUCGGCGUUAAGUAUAAUGCGGAUAACUACGCCUGGUUCUGGACCAAUAACUGGUUCAACGAAAAGUGGGAUUGGAAGGAUAACGGAUUGGAUCCCCGAUGGGGCCCUGACAACUCGAACGCCCCUGGUGGCCCCCAAUACGUGUCCGAGCCUGGGUCUGGAUUCUUGAUGCCGAACGAGACCCAACCCAAUGAACAGAAAAAUUGCCAUGCCGGCAAUGAUCCCCGCGAGGUGUUCUGUGACUAUCUUGGAGAGCCCUAUAGCGAGUGGCUCAAGGAUCGCGGGAAACCCUUCACUUCUGAGGGUGGUUGUGAGCUGACGAAGCAAUGUUGGCACUCAGUGAGUGAAUAUGCGAUUGAUCCGGCUUGCGACUGUAAAUGUGACGGUGAAAAAACUCCACUGUCUGAUCCCAAGUGUGCUGGAUUCCGGGGAGGUCCUCCUGGAAGUCAUCCACAUGCUUAG